AUGGAAGAAACGCAAACUCCCAUGGGAGAGUCGAUUCGCACCUCCUGCGAGCGAUGUCGCCGUCGCAAGAUCAAAUGUGAUCGCAAGCGGCCCUGCUCCAGAUGUGUCAAGGCUGGCAAAGAAUGUAUCCUGCAAGGCACUGGUGAGAAGCAAAGACCAGUGUCAAAAAGCUACGUGACUGCCCUCGAGGGCCAAAUUGCGGCUCUCGAGCAAGUUAUUCGGAGGCUCGCCCUGGCCGACGGCGCAGAGCGUGAUGAGAUUCUCGCCCAACUCCCGACCUUGUCCGUGACGGCGUCAGACGGCGCUCCAGCACCAGAAAAGACGGAGACACCUUCUGACCCCAGCGUUGUGGCCGCGCGACUUCGAUCUGGCCAGCUUCGGCGCUUGCACCCGAGCCAAGGCGCGCAAUUCUUUGGCGGCACCAGUUUCCUGCAAAUGCAUCUCUCGAGAGAAUCUUCUGUGCCGAGUGGCCCCUCUGCCCUCGUCGACUCUCCCACGACAAACCAUCCUCAUGCACUCCAGGACUCAAACUUUGAGCUUGCAGCCAUUCCUUCUGUCCCUGUCCCCUCAGUCGGCCCCGGAGCCGAGUCAGAUGAGUCGACGCCUCAGAGCAGCGCUUUCCAAUACGCUCCACACGACGAAAUGUCACAAAAGCUCAUGGCGACCUUUUUCAAAGAGCAAUACCAAUACAGCAUGAUUGUGUACAGAGAAUACUUUUUUCGAGACUACGACGUUGGGUCCGGCAAGUACUACUCGGAUGUGCUUCUAUAUGCCAUUUGCGCGCUAGGUGCGCUCCAGUACGACGACACGCUCAACGUCUCUGAAGUCUUUGCCGGCCAGGCGCAGACAUUACUCUACGGCUCGCUGGACAACCCGGAUCUCACGCUGCUGCAAGCCUUGGUGCUACUAGGCUACCGGGAGAUUGCGGUUGGGCGGACCUCCAAGGGGUGGCUGUUUUGCGGCAUGGCGUUUCGCCUCGCCCACGAGAUGGGCCUGCAUCUGGAUCCAAGCAACUGGGACGGCUUCACAGGGUUUCAUCGCGAUCGUGAAAUUCUGCGUCGUGUGUACUGGGCCGUCUUCACGGCGGACAAGCAGCUGAGCCUCUACUUUGGCCGCCCGCCCGCACUCUACCCUAACGAAUCGGAUGUGCGAAAUACUAUUCGUCUUCAGUAUCCGCCAGAUUGGCAGGGCCUGCUUGAGACAUACCUCUGCGAAAAGGUGUCUGCGACGGAGUUUGAAGAUGGCGUCGCUCUGGUCGGAUCAUUUAUCUAUCGCGCAGAACUGUCCAAAAUCAUUCACGUCAUGAUUACUGAUUUGUUUGAGAACCGCCGCGGCGACUCUGACCCAGCCGUCGUAGCGGCCAAAUCGCGCCAGAUUCACGUAUCGCUCACCAAAUGGCUUUCCAGCCUGCCAGGGACUGUGCACUGGAACCAAUGGACAGUAGGCAAGGUGCCGCCUUCUGUGCUUCAUCUGCACAUGGUCUUCCAUACAGUCAUGAUCAUUCUCCACAGACCACCUUCAAAUAUGUUUGACAAGCCAGGCAUUGCCGAAAGUGAAGAUGUCGAAAUCUGCUACGAAUCGCUGCAGGCUAUCCAGCGCUUGAUGAGAAGCUUCUCUCGCUUCUACCGAUACCGGUCCCUUCCUCUGGAUUUCGUGCAAACCCUCGCGACCGCCACAGGCAUUGUGCUGAUGCGGAGAUACUUGCUGAAAGCAUCAUGGACGGACCCCGAGAUUGAGAGGUCCGUCUCGCUGCUUCUAGACGCCAUGAAUGAAAUUCAGAAUACUUGGCCGCCGGUCCGCGAAAUCCGAGACUCGUUGAUGCAGGCGCAGCAGAGCCAGGCCGUCCUACCCCCCGAGGUGCCCUUCUCAGGCAACGAUUUGAUGACGGGCCUGCAUCUCGACAUCUCUGCCAUGGGCAACUUUAUGCCAGCGUUUGGCAGCGGCGGCGCCGGGGGCAGCGCGGGCGGUGACGACGACAUUGAUACGCUAAUCACAGAUGAGUUUUUGAGCGCGCAGAUGCAGACGACGGAUCCGAUUAUGCAGUCGUUUGACUUUAACCAGCCUCCUGGGAUGAGCUAA